AUCGACGCCUUCAUCUCGCUCGACCUCAACCCGGCCCGCGUCGUCGCGCUUUACCCGCGCGCCAUCUCGGGCAAGCUCUGCCUCGAGCAGCACGCGCGCGAGGAGAUCUUUGGCGGGCGGUCGAGGGACGCGAUCGCGGCGGCGGCGCAGGCGCGGGAGGAGCGGGAGAGGGAGGAAGAAGGGCGGAGGGUCGCUGAGCGCGAGCGGGACGCGCAGGUUGGGGGUUCGCCGUCGGCGUCGAGCCCGGCGAGGAGGGGCAAGGGGCCUCUCGACGCCGCCAACCGCUCUCGCGCCGUCGACGAGCUCAUCCGGUACCUCACCGACCGACGCCAGAAGUACUCGCAGGCCCUCGCAGCCCUUCUCCCUUCCUCGCGUCCUUCGCCCUCGUCACCUCGACCCUCGGCAAGCCCCGACGAUCUGCUCGACCUGCCCAACAAGCCGCCGACGCAGCUCGAGCCGGGACAACUCGCGCGCGUCGCUCAAGUCGUCGACACGGCGCUCUUUCGGGCCUACCUCGCGACCAAACCCGUCAUGGUCGGUCCGCUGUGCCGCAUCGAGAACUGGUGCGAGGUCGAGGAGGUCGAGGAGCUGCUGCUCGAGGCCAAGAAGUACCGCGAGCUCCUCGACCUGUACAACGGCAAGGCCAUGCACGAGAAGGCCGUCAAGUUGCUCAAGCAGAUCAGCGACGACGAGGACGACGUCGAGGAAAAGGUCGGCCCGACGGUCCGCUACCUGCAGAAGCUCGGCGUCGACCACCUCGCGGUCGUUCUCGAGGCGUCCAAGUGGGUUUUCAAGCAGGACAAGGAGGCUGGACUAAAGGUGUUUCUCGCCGACCUGGAGGAGGUCGAGACGCUGCCGCGUCACGCGGUCAUGGCGCACCUCGACGAGGUCGGGCGCGACGUCUGCAUCCGGUACCUCGAGCACAUCAUCCAUGUUCUCGGCGAGCAAGGCGUCGACUUUCACGAGAAGCUCGUCGAGCUGUACCUCGCGACGGUCCAAGCUGCGCCGUCGGGUGAGCCCCUCGCCCAUCGCGACGAGGCGACCUACAAGAAGCUGCUCGACCUCCUCGAGUCGUCAACCUCGUACCGCCCAGAGCGCGUGCUCGGCCGCCUCCCGUCCGAGAACCUGCACGAGGUCCGUGCGGUCCUCCUCGGCCGGCUCGGCCGUCACGAGGGCGCCCUGCAGAUCUACGUGUACCAGCUUGCCGAUCACGCCACUGCCGAGCUGUACUGCAAGCGCGUCUGGGACUCGGACGAGUCCAUGCGGCCGUCCAUCUUCCACCUCCUCCUGCGCCUGUACCUGCGCCCUCGCCCCGACUUUCCCCUGUUCUUCGAGCCCGCGCUCUCGCUCUUGUCGACUCAAGCCGCCCGCAUCGACCCCGUCGAAGCGUUCGACCUCCUGCCGCCACUCGUCGCGCUCGGCGACCUCCAGGUUUAUCUCGAGAAGACGUUGCGCCGUCAGACGGAGCGCUCGACCGAGUCGAGGAUGGUCAAGGCCAUCGGGCGCAGCUUGCUCGACCAGCAAGAGGUCAAGAUCGUCGACCUCGAAGAGCGGCGGGUCAAGAUUACGGACGGGCGCAUCUGCCCUGUGUGCCACAAGCGCGUCGGCAACAGCGUGAUUGCCAUCCACAGCCCGCACGGCGUCGUCACGCAUUACCAGUGUCGCGAGCACCUCGACGGAAACUUUGUGUAG